UGUUUAUGUUCUCUUUAUGUAGAAGUAACCUACUUCGGUCCAGAGAGCGUUCGUAAUGGUUCGUCGUGGACAAUCACCUGUACCGGAUUCCAGGAUAAGAAAGAUAUAUAUUGGACAAAAAAUGGUAAUACGCCAGAAGAACUGUCUCAAGGACGUUUACAUAUAGAAGUUAGUGAUAAGUAUAGUAAUAUCACUGCUGCCGUGGGAUUAGAGAUUCACGAAGGUGUCUACAAAUGCGCGAAAAGCACCAACAACACAUUUCGAUUAAUUAUUAUUACCGAUAUCAUAUACAAAGUGGUGCCUUACGGAAAGGAAUUUGUGAAAGACAAAAAAACAACUCUGAUUAAUCCAGUAGCAUUACAAUGUGGCAAUUCUACUACCAAAGACAUUGUGGAAUGGACAAAAGAUGGAACAGUUAUAGAUCAAUCACAUCCGGACAUAGAUAACUGGAGGAUAAAUGAAUCUCGAGUUCUCGAGGUGCUACAAAACAAUCAUAAUGUUAUAGGCAAUUAUACAUGUAUUAACAAGAAUCAAAGUUUUUCCCUUCGCUUCAGAGUCGUUCCUAACCCCGUCCCAAAAUUCGAAAAUAACUUCCAAAGUGUCGUGGAAGGUGAAAAACUCAUUUUAAACUGCGGUGGGAAUCUUUAUCCAGGAAUUAAAAUUGAGUGGGAAUUUAAUGACUACAAGUUUAAUACCUCAGAGGGCAGAUUUCAACUCUCACGUGAUCUAGAAAAUGGAGUAAGUGGAGGAGUUCUGACCGUCUUAGACAUGAAAAUGACCGACAGCGGGCAUGUCGGUUGCAGAGUUUAUUAUGAAGAUAAUGAAAAAUACAAUGCUACUUUUUCAUCUGAGUUGAAAGUGAAAGAUAAGCUUGCUGCCCUUUGGCCUUUCCUUGGCAUCUGUGCGGAAGUUGCCGUUCUCUGUACUAUAAUAGUAAUCUACGAAAGAAAACGCAACAAGGCUGAACUUGAAGAAUCAGACACAGAUCAGAGUCCAGAUACUAAACCAACACCUAAUAAGGAUUCUGACGUCAGACAAAGAAAGUAAUUACUACAAGAAAUGGCAGCGACGUCAGAAAGUACUGAGUUAAGAAAUAGCGGAGAAUGUAAGUCAUAAAAACUUGAAGGGGCUACAUGCAAUCUUAUUCAUUAGUUGAGAGAAGGUGAAUAAUUCUUAUUUAAGAUCGGCGAAUAUUAAAUUUAAGUCGAUCGAAGCUUUCAUUUUCUAGGAAUUAUUCCUAGAAAGUAAAAAGUGAUAAUGAAGAGAUGAGCACUAAUUAUUAGUCAUUUUUACGCUUACUUCUCAAAUACGUCGCCCGUUCGUGUUUCCUGCUUACGUAAUACGUACUACACAUUAGCAAUUUUCAAAUUGUACAUGUCGCUGUUAAAAUAAUGUACCAUCUUUUAUUACCAUUAUUACUAUUAAUUAUUAUUAUUAUUAUUAUUAUUAAUUAUAUAGAUAUCGUUACAAUGAUUUUUGAGUAUUAUGACUACGAUUACGAUUGUUAAUAUUACCGUUACUACUUGUAUUGUUAAGGCUAUUGUUAAGACCGACACCAUUAUUAGCAUUGUAGUGCACAGUGACCGUGCUUAGCCGAAAGUGUCAUUAAAGGCGUAAUUUUCCAUUUCCUCGGGAGAUCGCGAACUUUACGCUAUAUUUUAUAAGGAAACUUUGGAAGAAAAAAUCCAACAUAAUUAUCGCUCUUAUUCUAAUGAAUUGUAACGAAAAAUGUGGCUGCGUACUAUGAGAGAAAUCUGUCAGAGCGCUUGUGUAAAAGAUUAUACAUAUAGGAAUUGUUAAAUAGCAAGGCCCAUUAAUUUAUGUAAUUAAUUCUCAAAUUAAGAAAUAACUUCAAUACAUGUUUCUGAUAUUUACAUCUUUAAGGAAAAACCGAAGUAAAUAUAUUUCACAAUUUGUUUAGUACUUAAAAACGGAAUAAAAUGGAAGUAAUUUUGUUUUAUUAAUGCCAAUUAAUAAAUAAAGUUGUUUUACAUAAUUUUCUUUUUUGAGCAAAAAUUUCAUGAUUUAAUUGUGUCACAGGAUAGUAUUUUUAAAUAAAAAUUAAUAAAAAUUUAUUAUUAGUUUUACUAUUAUAUGCAUCUAAUAGGCUCUUCUUGUUAACCUUGAAUGUUUUUAUAACACAUACAAUUAAAAAAAAUGGGCCGAACUACUUAAAAUUGUAAAUUAAAUAAAUUUGUAUAUAGCGCCUCAUCAUAUUCGGUAUCUUAUCUGAAGAUAAAUUCUCAAUCAAUAAAUAGAACUCAACUUUCUUUUUUAAAAUAGUAACAAAAUAAUAAAAUGCCUAUACUGCGUAACCUGCCUUCAUAUUCCUUAAAAUUCUGAAAGGAUCAAUUUUAUUUUACAAGCAGAAGCGAACGAGCGACGUUCCUAAAUGUUGAUUUUAAUGAUUUGAUUCAGUUUUAAUAAUUAGUGGCAUUUUUCCUUAAAGAAAAGUUUGACAAAUAACUUUUUUUGGAAUUGUUAUCAUUGUGUUAGAUAAGAAGUUUCAUUCUCUUUUUAAUGUGUGCUGGAGAUACAAUCUAUUGGAGCCUUUUAUAAAUCGAACAGAACAAUGCUAUAAAUAUGUAUAUCUAAAUAAUCUAGAAUUUAAGUAAGUUUUAAUUUACCUUAAUGAACUUUCUUAAAAUUGUUUCAAACUACCGUUAUCAACAAAACAGAAGUCCAUAUUUAUCGGGAAUUACAUCCAUAAAUACUCGAAAAAUCCUACUAAAGUAGAUAAGAGUUUGUAAAAUUUAAACAAUUCUAAGUUGCUAUCAUGUUGAAUAGUAAAAUAAAUUUUUACGAUCUCCCGACUCGAGAAUAUAAGAAGCCUUUGACAUGCUUUCUAUGGUGUUUAAAAUGAAUAAACAAUAUUGACACGUUA